ACCGAUGGAAUGCAUGCAAAUGACCAAAUUCGCCCUGGAAGUGAUUAUCCUGAAACGCUGUCAGAAGGCACGAAGAUUUUGAAGGGUGAAUAUGUCUUGAAAGCUAUACGACAAUGCAACAUGGAUCAGGGCAUAAUUUUUUGCCGUACAAAAUUGGACUGUGAUAAUCUUGAAACAUACAUGAAGCGCAAAGCACCAGGUAAUUAUUUCUUACGUAGAAGAAUGGGUUUGGCAAUUUCACUGGUUUCGACACAUCAGGAAAAAGUUUGGUACCAUCAGUGCCCUUCGCGUGGUGUUAAUUGUCAUAAUACAGCUUUAACAACACAGCGUGGUUGCGCAAUAUGGUAUGAUGAAACAAAGCUUCUGGAUGAAAUCGAAGAGCACUUGGGAUCACUCUACGAGGGUCAUGCUGUUCAGCUGUCUGGUGCGGUAGCCCAUCUUGCAGAUCUGGAACGUUCCUUGCAACUUUCAUAUUUGCGAAUGUUCAUGCCAGCCGAGAAAGCGAAAUAA